AUGCCUGCUGGAGCCCCUCCCAAGCGAUCCUACUCACGUACUGACGCUGCCGUCCGCGUCGAGUACCCCGAACAUCAUGAACUUCCGGCCAGCAAGCCAUUGAUUGGUCAAGGAGGACAAUUCUCCAAGCCAACUUUAGCCUCGCUGUCUCUCGAAGGCAAGACCAUCGUUAUCACAGGCGGCGCAAGAGGCCUUGGUCUGGUCAUGGGCCAGGGUAUUGUAUACUCUGGCGCUAAUCUUGCCAUUGUUGAUUUGAACAAGGAUGAGGCGCAGUCUCAGGUCGGCCAGCUGACAGAUGCUUUCAAAAGAGAGAACCCCAACAGUGAGACAAUCCCAAGAGUUACAGCUCACUAUGCAGAUGUCUCCGACCCAGACUCGGUGACUAAAUGCAUCGCCGAGAUCCUCAACAUACAUCAGAAGAUAGAUGGUCUUGUCACGUCAGCUGGAUUUACUGAGAACUUUGACGCAAUCCACUAUCCGAUCGAUCGCAUGCGCAAGCUGUGGGGUGUCAAUGUCGACGGGACCUACCUAUUUGCUGUUGCUGUUGCGAAGCACCUUAUGGAGCGUCAGGUACCCGGUAGUAUCGUGGUUAUCGGAAGUAUGUCCGGUGCUAUCGUCAAUGUCCCGCAACCCCAAGCGCCAUACAACGCAGCCAAGGCAGCCGUUCGUCAUCUUGCUGCUUCUUUGGCAGUAGAGUGGGCUCAUGCCGGGAUUAGAGUCAACUGUAUUUCUCCCGGAUACAUGCUGACUGCUUUAACUCAGAAGAUCCUGAAUGAUAACCCAGAUCUCGAAAAGACUUGGACGUCUCUCAUUCCUCAAGGACGUAUGGGUCAGCCUCGGGACUUAAUGGGCCCUGUGACGUUCCUGUUAAACUCACUUACCACACCGCACGUGCCCAACACUCCUACGAUGGCUUUCGCAGAUCUCGCGGUAUACCUACUCGGCAUCGGCUGCAUCAUUCGAAGCAUCAUGGCCUUCACCAACCCCCAAGCCGAAUACGCCAUCAAUGGUCUGAAACACAAUGUCACUCACAAAGACGACGCGAGUUCAGGCCCAAUCUAUAUGCUGGGACUUUGGGAGCUCAUUGUUGGAAUAUUGCUGGUUGCCAACCAAGCAACUGGGGCCAAAGAUGGUGUCAUGAUUCUAUUGGUCUUGAUGGGCCUUUACAGAACCGGUGUUGCGGUAUUGCUCUAUGGGAUUGGUGAUGAGAACAACAUGGGCAAGGUUUUGGCUAACUUAGGGACUGCUUUCAUGCUUUUUGUUGGGGCCUUGUCCAUGUAG